AUGAUUUCCAUCACUACACUGGCCACAUCCGAGGAAGGGCUGAGGCCUAUCGCAUUGAAGUGGGGCCUUAUCAACGGCCAACUGAGGCCUGAAACACAAGGCCGGAGGAAUAACACAAAAACUGAGGAACUGAACUUUGACGUGUCUGUUAUAUUUAAAUCCAUUUUAAUUUGUGAGGAUGACGAUGAUGAGGGGACGAGUGAAGAACGCCUGCCCUCCUGUUUCGAUUACAUCAUGCACUUCCUAACAGUGUUCUGGAAAGUUCUCUUUGCGUUUGUCCCUCCAACAGAGUACUGGAAUGGCUGGGCCUGUUUCGCAGUCUCCAUCGUGUUGAUCGGUUUGCUCACAGCUGUAACUGGAGACCUCGCCACACAUUUUGGCUGCACGGUGGGAUUGAGGAACUCUGUAACCGCCAUCGUCUUUGUGGCACUCGGGACAUCCGUUCCAGACAUGUUUGCCAGCAAGGUGGCAGCCAUUCAGGAUCAGUACGCUGACGCCUCCAUCGGGAAUGUCACUGGGAGUAAUGCCGUCAACGUCUUCCUGGGGAUAGGAGUGGCCUGGUCCAUGGCCGCCAUCUACUGGGCCAGCAAGGGCAAGAAGUUCCUGGUGAACCCGGGCAACCUGGCUUUCUCUGUCACCAUCUUCACCAUAUUCGCCUUCAUCACCAUCGCCAUCUUGAUGUAUCGCCGCCGGCCAGAGGUUGGAGGCGAACUCGGAGGCUCGAGGGCCGGCAAGAUCAUCACCGCCUGCUUCUUUAUGACUCUCUGGUUGACCUACGUCGUCCUCUCCUCCCUGGAGGCGUAUUGUCAUAUAAACGGGUUCUGAGGCCUGGUCACUGGGGUCUCUGAGGCCUGGUCACUUGGGAGUUCUGAGGCCUGGUCACUUGGGAGUUCUGAGGCCUGGUCACUUUGGGACUUUGAAGCCUGGUCACUUUGGGAAUUCUGAAGCCUGGUCACUUGGGCCUCUGAGGCCUAGUGACUUAGGCCUCCAAGCUGGCCUAGUCAUUUGGUCGUCCUGAGGCCUGAAUGAGGCUUGGCCUCGAAGGACUGGUCACAGGGGUGGUUAUGUGGUCCACUGAUACUUCCUGGGUGCCAAUUGCCGAAGGGUUGAGGGUAAGGG